GUGCUUUUCUGAAGAGCCUAGACAAACAGCAACCAAAUAACGUGUCCUUGAAUAUAUCUUCAUAUUGAGUUCAUCAUGACGGUCCCUGAUGAGGUAGAUAUCAUCGUAUGUGGCGGUGGCAGCUGUGGAUGUGUUGUUGCGGGCCGUUUGGCCAACCUCGACCAUGACCUUCAAGUUCUCUUGAUCGAAGGAGGAGAGAGCAACUUGAACAAUCCAUGGGUCUUCCGCCCUGGAAUCUACCCACGUAAUAUGAAGUUGGACAGCAAGACUGCCUCGUUCUAUUACUCGCGACCUUCAGAAUGGCUCGGCGGUCGCAAGGCAGUCGUUCCCUGUGCUCAUAUCUUGGGUGGAGGAUCUUCCAUCAACUUCAUGAUGUACACCCGGGCUUCUGCUUCUGAUUAUGAUGACUUCCAAGCUAAGGGCUGGACCACCAAGGAGCUGAUCCCCCUCAUGAAAAAGCAUGAGACAUAUCAACGUGCUUCAAACAAUAGAGAAAUCCACGGCUUCGAAGGCCCAAUCAAAGUUUCGUUUGGAAACUACACUUAUCCAAUCAUGCAAGACUUCCUCCGAGCCUCCGAGUCUCAAGGCAUCCCAACCACCGAUGAUCUUCAAGAUCUUGUGACCGGCCAUGGUGCAGAGCACUGGCUCAAGUGGAUCAACAGAGAUACUGGACGUCGUAGCGACUCUGCUCACGCAUAUAUUCACAGCACUCGCUCGGUUCACCAAAAUCUCCAUCUCCAAUGCAACACCAAGGUCGACAAGGUGAUCUUGGAGAAUGGCGUCGCAGUUGGCGUUCGGACUGUCCCCACAAAGCCUCUUCACCCAUCCCAGCAACAAUCCCGUACUUUCCGUGCCCGCAAGCAGAUCAUUGUAUCUGGCGGUACUCUUUCAUCGCCAUUGAUCCUCCAGCGAUCUGGUAUUGGUGAUGCCAAGAAGUUGAAGAAGGCUGGCGUCAAGCCUCUCGUCGAUCUCCCAGGUGUUGGUCUGAACUUCCAGGACCACUACUUGACGUUCUCUGUUUAUCGUGCCAAGCCUGGCACUGAAAGUUUUGAUGACUUCGUCCGUGGUGACCCAGAGGUCCAGAAGAGAGUAUUCGAUGAGUGGAACAUCAAAGGCACCGGCCCACUCGCCACCAAUGGUAUCGAAGCUGGUGUCAAGGUUCGCCCUACCGAGGAGGAACUUAACGAGAUGGACUCCUGGCCAACUCCACACUUCCGCAGUGGAUGGGACAGCUACUUCAAGAACAAGCCCGACAAGCCAGUCAUGCAUUACUCUGUCAUUGCUGGUUGGUUCGGUGACCACAUGCUGAUGCCACCUGGAAACUUCUUCACCAUGUUCCAUUUCCUCGAAUAUCCAUUCUCUCGUGGCGAGACCCACAUUGUCUCGCCCGACCCGUAUGAAGCACCAGAUUUCGAUGCCGGCUUCAUGAACGACGAGAGGGACAUGGCCCCCAUGGUCUGGGGUUACAUCAAGUCAAGCAAGUCUUGCGCUUUCAUCCUACCCCAACAAGUUCUAACAUCAGUGUAGGAGAGACUGCUCGCCGCAUGGAGGCCUAUGCCGGUGAAGUCCAGAACAUGCAUCCAUUCUAUGCCUUUGACUCGCCAGCCCGUGCCAAGGAUAUGGAUCUUCUGACUACCAAGGCGUAUGCCCUCCCAGGUAACCUUACUGCCGGUAUCCAGCACGGAUCGUGGUCCAUGCCAGUUGAAGCUGGCAAGCCACCCCAGCCAAGCCUGCUCAACAGCAACUGCCAACAUGUGUACGAGGACCUCAAGUACACCAAAGAGGAUAUCGCGACUAUUGAGGAGUGGGUUAAGCGUCACGUUGAGACUACCUGGCAUUCUCUUGGUACGUGCUCGAUGGCUCCUAAGGAGGGCAAUAGUAUCGUCAAGCACGGUGUCUUGGACGAGCGCCUGAACGUCCAUGGCGUCAAGAACCUCAAGGUCGCCGAUCUCUCCAUCUGCCCCGAUAACGUCGGAUGCAAUACCUACUCCACCGCCCUUCUCAUCGGUGAGAAGUGCGCCGUGCUGACCGCUGAAGAUCUCGGAUACAGCGGCAGGGCCCUGGAGAUGAAGGUCCCCAACUACCAUGCUCCAGGCGAGCUGUCUGGUCUUGCUUCCUCGAGACUCUAAACAUCUCUCUGUCUGGGUAUCAGCAAAAGGUAAUUGGAUUGGGAAAUUGGUUACUGCUUAGCGGGUGAGGGGAUGACGUCUUGAUUGUGACAAAACGAUUGUACUGUUUCCCUUCUUUAGGUAGUCUUGUCUUCGGUGGAGGAGAAGGAGGAGGAUGGAUGAUGUUACUUGAAGAAACGCGCAUUCAUUGUUCUGCUCCUCUUUCUCUCCUUGACUAGGAUAAUGACGUCUUGUUUGCUCGAUCAAUGGAGAUUUUAGCAAGUAAU